AUGGAUUGUUACAAUUCAUCAUGUUUGUCCCCAACAACUGGUGUAGCUCCACUCAUCUUCUCUACAGCAUUCCAGUUUUUAGCCACAUUACAAUGUGGCAUUACCGAAGGAUCAACACCAGACGCCAAUAUAACAGAUGGAGAAAGUUUCCAUUUCAUAAUCAUCGGAGCUGGAACUGCUGGCAGUGUACUCGCGAACAGAUUAAGUGCAGUACCAGAAUGGAAAGUUUUACUCGUUGAAGCUGGAGACGAUUCUCCCGUAGAAGCUAAUAUUCCAGGCUUACACGCAACUUUACAUCAUUCAAAAUAUGACUGGGAUUACUUGACAGUUAAUAAUGGAAGAACAAACGGAGCUAAUGUAAAUGGAUCUGUAAGCUGGCCUCGCGGGAAAAUGAUUGGUGGUUGCAGCAACAUAAAUGCUAUGAUCUACGUACAGGGAAAUGAUCAAGACUAUCAAAAUUGGGUUGACCUUGGUAAUCCUGAAUGGAGUGUCGAAGAAGUUCGUCGUUGCUUUAAGAAAGCAGAAAGUUUACAAGAUAUGAAUAUGUUGAACAAUCCUGAUAUUAGCAAACACUAUGGUCACGAUGGACUAUUACCUAUAUCCUCAUUCAAUUUCACAUACCCACAUCUAAGAGAUAAAAUUUUAUCAGCUUGGAACAAAAUCGGUAUUAAGAAUGUACCAGAUUAUAACGUAGCAAAUGUAUUAGGAUCUGGUCGCAUGAGAGCUACAGCGGCUUCUGGGGAAAGACAGAGUCAUAGCAAAGCUUAUUUAAACCCAGUUUUAGAGAGGAACAACUUAAAAAUUAUGAAGAAUAGCUUAGUAACAAAACUGUUAUUUAAACAAGGUUCUAAAAUUAUUGAGGGAGUUGAGGUAGACCAUGAUUCUAAAACAUUUAAAUUUUAUGCUACAAAUGAAGUUAUUGUAAGCGCAGGAAGGAUGGAAUGGCCACCAUGUGAUAAUUAUGAAUUAGACAGUCGAGAUUACUGGAAGUGUAUUUGUAUAGAAAUGGUGGUUUCUGUUUAUCAUCCUGCAGGAACAUGUCAAAUGGGACCAGAUCCGAAGACAUCAGUAGUCAGCAGCCGUUUAAAAGUCCAUGGAGUUCGUAACCUUCGUGUGAUAGAUGCUAGUGUAAUGCCAACGCUGACUAGUGGUAACACUAAUGCUCCAACUGGGAUGAUUGGUGAAAGAGGAACAGAAUUAAUUCUGGAAGACUACGACAAAUUGUGA